AUGGCGGGCUACUACGACCACAACCCAAAUUUUCCACCGUAUUACCAGGACAACAGUCAGAUCCCACUGCAAUCGCGUGGCUACGAUCCGAGGCUCCACCAGUUCCAGGCGCUGUCGUCCGACCACCUCAGCGUAAACUAUCCCGAAUAUGAUGAGAGUAGUCGGCCUUUGCUCGUCGCGCAAGGCUCUGCUAGAGCUAGACGUAGACACAUCGCUAGCGGAUGUCGAAAAGGCAACAGAGACUGCGUCUACCCAGAACCGUCAACGACCUCGAAAUCAUCCCGAAGCAGUGCCAAGGCAAAAGACUCACCCCAAGACAGUGAAGAAUCUGGAGACGAUGCCGAGCACGACGAAAAGGGAGCGCUCGAGUCUAUUCCUGACGAAGAGGAUUCUCCGGAGGAAGCACCGUCGGAUUACCAUCGAGCUUCUGUAUCCUCAGCCAGUCAAUCCAUGCGGGAAGUGUCAGAUCCACCAUCUUUAACGUACGGCAAGAGUCCAACACCCUCUACCGAAGGAUCACACUCCCUAAGCAGUGGCAGCAUCCCUCAAAUACGCCCAUCGAUCUCAAGCACUAGCAAUCGUCCAUCAGCCCGGAAACUUGCUCCCAGCAGAUCUUGGUCAGACCUACCGCCCGACCUAUUGUACUACAUCAAUUACUAUCGCACGAAUAUGUCACACUAUCAUCUCUUCAUCAAGAAUGACAGCACAGAUUAUAUGCGGACGACUUUUGUGGAGAUUGCAACUCGAAACGAACCCCUCUUGUAUGCGGUGGUGGGUUUUGCAGCGUAUCAUCAUACCCUAACGAGACCCGACGGGAAGAUCCAGGACUUCUUGAAAUACUACAACAAAUCCAUAUCGUUACUUCGAGUUUCCAUACAGCGGAAUCAGCGCCAAAAUGUUGCGACACUGCUAACAAUUCUCCAGCUGGCUAGCUUCGAGGAAUAUCUCGGCGACUGGGUUAACCUGUUGGGCCAUCAGAGAGCCGCUUACGAGAUACUCACGAGCCUCUACACGCCUCAGACGGUCAUGCAAAACGAAACGCUGCGCAAGAUCCUGCAGUGGUACAUCCGGUUCGAUCUCUAUGCGAGCGUACUUGCUGGUUGCGGAACCAUUCUUGGCCGAGAUUGGGUCGCAGCCGCAUACGGUUACUACGUGCGACAGGCUCUCGAGAAGCCGAACGACAUUGAAAACAAGUUCGAGGAACGCAUCUUCCGGUCUCGGCUUCUAGCGACCGACAUAGCGAUCCUGUUUUCUAAGAAAGCCAGGGGCACAAUCGACGAUGACGGCUUCGCGAUCGAGUGUGAUGACUUACGCCGACAGUUCGACUCGUACGAAAGUCAAAUCGACCCUGUUCUGCGUGAUCCGAGCAAGCUGGUUAUUGGUUUUGUUGGCUCCCCUUUGCAAGACUUGGAUGGGGAUGUGGGUGGCCGGAAGGAAAUGCUCUAUGGACAUGAUGUCUUUACGACGAACUUCCUCUUGGUCGAUUUCUGGGCUAUGGACCUCAUGUUCAAGCACCAUCUCCUGACCGCGGGGCUCCUGGCACCAGCUGAUGCAGCAGGGCUUACACCAAAAGCACUAAAGGUGUACAACAUGUUUGAGGCUAUCGCGCGCUACCCUCAUAGUCCGCCAGGUGCAGUACUGGCAGCGCAGGCGAGUCUGAAUGUGGCUUCCUUCUUUCUCCCAAAGGAGGAAAAGUAUCACAUGUGGACGCGGAGGAAUCUCGCAAAAAUCGAGGCACUUGGCUACAUCUACCCGGCCACCCUCCGCGGGAAAAUAUCCGAGCACUGGGGAGUCGAUUGCCACUGGUGGUGGCUUCCCAAUGACGAGGGCCUUCCGCCGAUCAUCCGGACGAUGAGGAGGUUCAUCGAAGAACGGACAAUGGCUCCAAAGGACCAAGCAGCGGAAGACUUGCGGGAGAUGAAGGGCAUCUUCAAGUUCCACUCGCUCAGCAUAAGCGACAGUCCCGGAUCCACCGAGAGCCAAGGCACACAUAUGGAUACUAGUGAGGUGCUUACUGACCAAAGCCCCGACGGGGCCUCGAUGCCGCUCGAUGAUUCUCUCCUUUACAACGCGCAACCGGACCUCAGUUGGGGUGUUGGAGACGACCGGUUCACAGGAUAUUGA